AUGACUGAUUUGAAAUCAUUGGAACAUCCAACAUUGAAGGUAUAUCUUUAAAUUACAAUCAUAAUAUUUUAUGAAUAUUUUUGUUUGUAAAACUGGUUCCAAAUUUCAUUAAUAAUAUUUAAUUAUUCAGAACAACAAUACAAUAUUGUUACAUGUUCACCUACACUUUCAGAUCAAUAUUAGAUAGUUAUAAAGAAGAAGUGUAACACUUUGUUAAUUGUUGAUUUAGAAAUAAAUGUUUAUUUAGGUUCCAUAUGAACUUCUCAAUAAGAAAUUUCGUAUCACACAAAAAACACUAGACAGAGAAGUUUCAUACUUUCAGAAUUCUAUACAAGAUUUGGAAUGUGAUAUGUCAACAGAUAUCACAAUACCAGACGGUUCUCAUAUUUCUUCAUUACUUAGUGGCAUGGUGGAAAAAUUGAAAGUGAUCAAAAGAAAGGUUCAAUUUUAUAAGCUAUUUUCAUGGUUAAAUUGUAAUAAUUAUAUAAUUUUUAGGCUGAUGAAGGUAUACAUGAUGAAUUAAACGCUGGUAUGAUAUGUAAAAAAAGGUUAGAACACUUACAAGAACAUGAUUCACCUUGUGAGGCUAUUGUACAAAAUUGGAGGCGUUGUCGAUUAGAUCGGAUGUUAGUUGAAUACUUUUUACGAAGUGGUUAUUAUUUUUCAGCCAAUAAACUGGCUAACUGUUCAGAUAUUAUUGAUCUAACUAAUAUAGGUAUAAAACAUUGAAUGUUACUUAUUAAGUGAACUAAUUAAUUAUUAAAAAAUAGAAUAAUUUUAGAUUUGUUCAUGAUAUCAAAGGAAGUUGAACAAUCAUUAGCUAAUCACGAGACAGCAAAAUGUUUAAGCUGGUGUCAUGAUAACCGGUCCAAAUUACGGAAAUUAAGAUCAACUAUGGAAUUUAAUUUACGAAUACAAGAGUUUAUUGAGCUCGUACGUAAAGAUAAACGUCUUGAUGCUGUAAAGUAAGUACAAAGAUUUGAAUUUUUGUAAUUUGGUUGCAUCUCAAGAUGUAUAAACAAAAAAACAUUGAUUCUUUUAUAUGCAAUAUUAUUGAGUUAUAUUAUUUUUAGACUUUAGAUUCUGAAGAAUAUCUUGGUCUUAAUAAGUAUAUUUUGUAUUUAAUUUUUUGUUUUCUUUCUGUAAACAACAGAAAAUAUCAGAAAUCUUGCUCUGAUUACAGUUCCUAUUUUUUAUUGAACCCCAUUACAAAGUGUGUAGUCCAAAAUUGGAAGUGCGCUCUACAGAUUUGAAAAGUGUAUACCUACUAUUGAAUUAACUGAUUAAGUAGUGUACAUAAUAAUUAAAAAUUAUUUGAAUUUUCAAACGAAAAAAUUAUCUGAUAAAUCAAAUAAAUUGUCAGUUAGAUUUUAUCAUGUUGGUACUUUGUGAAGGAAACUUAUAAUCAUUGUUUCAAAAUGUUAGCUUUAUAUAAUUGGCAAUACCUAGGUGUAUUGAUAGGUAAUUGGAAAAAACAACGCUGUAAAAAAGGUCAAUGUAUUUUACAUACUUCUGAUCAAAUAACUUUUGUUUUAUGGCUCCAAAGAAUAUUCCAAAGACUUAUGCUAAAUUUUUUUUUUUUGAGGGGGGUUGGACUAAAUAUGUACAGAAAUCCAAAAGUACACUUGUUCAUGAUCUUUUAGACACUUGUUUAUGAAAUAAACUUCACAUUAGCUAGAACGUAUACUUUAUGAUAUUUACAAUGAAUAAUAUUAUUUUUAUUGUUAUUGACUUUAAUUGACUUAAAACUAAUGUUUGUGAUUUUUAAGUAAAAUGCAUUUGACGUUUUUACCUUGUUUUUUUUAUCCUUGACGAUUUUUAAUUGAUAUAUUUUCUUAGAUUCAUUUGAUAUACCUUGGUCAAAACAAAAUAACAUUAUGAACUGAUUACCACGAUUAAAAUAUUAAAAUUAUAGAAUCUUGUUCAUUAGUUUCCUUUAUUUCAACCAGUUUGUUGUGAAAAACAAAGAGUUAAAAAUAAUUGCUGAUAAAAAAAAUAUUAAAUCUGUAUUACUUCCAAAAUUUUAUGUACGCUGGACUGAAGUUAUUAUACAGUCUAUUAGUUGGAAUAUUGAGACAUCUGAGACAACUUAUCAAAUAUUUUAUUUUCAAACAUAUAAAUACUUAUAAAACUGUUGAUUUUUACAAAAUUCUUACUAACAUAAAUCAAUUUAAUUUGUUGUGUUUUCUUGCAAAUCUAGGGUACUUAUACACAAGAUUUCAAAAAAAAGUAUUCAAAGUCAUAAUUUAAUAGUACAAAAUGUCUGUAAUAUGAUUUUAUUUCUCUGUAAUUUAUAUAAUGUCUACGCCUAUAUUUUACUGUAUGAUAUAUAUAUAUAUUUUGUACUUUGAAUUUAAUUUAGUUUUUUUUGUGCAAUUUGUAUGCAUGUAUCCUUGCUGCUAAGCCUCAUUCAGUGAAUGUUGAGAGACUAAUAUCAUAUAAUAUAAUAUUUUGAUUAUUACUAGAAAUUAUAAAAAAUUAAUUUUAUAUUAAAUUAAAUAUUUUGAAUAUUUUCUACUUUAAUUUUCAUCCAGUAGUUAUGAAAUAUCUUUCCGACAAAAAAAAAGCCUUAAUAAAGUUCAUUCACUUGUCUUACAAUAACAUUGGUUUAAAGAUGUUUUCUAUAAAGUUUGUGUAUGAAAGCUUAUAAAAAGUCAAAUUUUAUAUCCCACAUAAAAUAAAGUAUCAAUAAGUGUUAUUUUUUUUUAGUUUGUAGAAUACAAAUUCUGUGGAAUUUGAUGAAACAAAAAAAAAAAAAAAAAAUUGUUAAUAUAUUUUCAAAUUACAAUGAUAUAGAGGAGUGACUUUGCUUCCAAAGUGUUGUAUCAUUGUACAUAACAAAGUGAGUAGGUUUGUAGAAAAAAUUUUUAUGAAAAUAUGAGCUGUCUGAUUAUCAAUAUCAAGAGUAGUUUCUGAUGGUACAUUUUAUUUAGUUGGUGUACAAGAAGGUUUUUUUUUUAUUUUCCUAAUAGUUUUCUUUUAGUUGGGUAAAUGUAUGCAAUUAACAUUUUCUGUUAAUUUUGAUUUUUUUUUUUUUUGUGAUUCAGUUUAAAAAAAAAUCAUUAAGACCUGACAUUUUCAUUGAAUACUUUGGCUAGGUUAGGAUACUAUAGGCACUUUCUAGAAGUGGUAUAAUAUUCAAAAUAUUCUGGUGAUUAAGCAAUUUAUAGUUAAAAUUGUUGAAUUCAAUUCUUUUUUGGUUUUAUACGAAUACAAUUUUUUAAGCAUAACAAAAAUGCUCAAAAAUUUAAAUGAGAUUCAUUAUAAUUUGUACUUGAUGGUAAAAAAAAACUGAGUCUAAUUAGUAUUAUUUAAAAAAAAAAAAUGCCAAUAUUAUAACAUUUCAAAACAUGAUUAACCAAACUACACUCAGAAUCGUAUUUUGUUAGCAAUGAUUAAUCGCUACUUACAUAUACGUAAAUUAAAUCACUAUUAUUAAUCCUUCCUUUUUUUAAAAUUUAUAACAAUCAAUUACUCUACACCAAAUGUUUUAAUUAUUUUUUAGGCACGCUAGGAAGUAUAUAUCAACAUUUGAAGAUACUCGUAUUGAUGAAGUACAGCAGUGUAUGGUUUUAUUGGCUUUUCCAAUUGACACUGGUAAUUAAUUUAAAUUCUAAUAUUGAAAACCACUGCAAUAGUUUUCAAACUGUGGGUCACGGCUCUGGGGGGGGGGUUAUUAUCAAGAGAUUCGUGUCUAUAGUAAAUACAGUAGAAUAUUACAGUAAAUUUAUUUAUUUACAUUUUUAUUAUUAUUAUCAUUAUUCGAGAGGGAGCCGUUUAUUUGGUUUUCAAAAUCAGAAAAGCUGUGGACCCAAAAAGAUUGAAAACAAUUGGCCUAUUAGUUAAAAAUAAUUAAAAUGUUUAAAUAUGUAUACAUAUAUUUUUUUCAUGGUAGUUGUUCUGAAAAUUAGGUUUAGCUUAAUUUUCAGGAUAUUAAUUGAGAAAUUUAAAAACGUCUUAAUUACUAUCAGUUUUCAAUCAAGCUUUUAAUUUUAGAUGAAACUUUAAGAGCAUAUCUUUUAUCAUAUUGAUAUAUUGAAUUGAUUGUAUAUUGAAAAUGCCAAAACCUUUAUUGCAAUUUUCUUAAAUUCUAUAUUUGUGUAAUCAAAACAAUAUAUUAUAUAAUUCUAAUUACAAUGUAACAUUUAAUUUAUUAUGAAAAAAAAAAUCAAAUGUAAUUCAUAGAAAUUGUAUUGUGUUUUGAUUGUGAAUUUUGCUAAUGAUAUCAUUUUUUAUCUAUUAUUUUUCAGAAAUAUCACCUUAUAAAGAAAUGUUUGAUGAGGCUCGCUGGCAACGCUUAAUUGAACAGUUUCGCCAAGAAAAUUACAAACUACAUCAAUUAUCUUCGCAGUCUGUAUUUACUGUUGCAUUACAAGCUGGAUUAUCUGCUUUAAAAACUCCAUAUCCUUUUUAAAGCUUAUUUUUAAUUUCAGUUCAUAUAAAUAAUUUAAUCUUACAUCUUGUAGCAUUUUGUUUUAUUGAUUAAAUUUAAAUUGAAAUGAUAUGUUAUGAGAUACCAACUCAUACAUUUUGUGAUGAUAACUAAUGUUAAAGGAAUUUCUUUUUAUGUAUACAUUAAUGAUUCGGUCAUUAUCAUCCAAAAAAUUAGGUUGCCAGACCAGAAAUAGAACCUGAGACAAUCGGGGGAAAAUCAGGCGAUUUUCAAGAAGAACAAUAAAGAAACUUUUUUAAUUUCAUAUUGUUAAAUUAAUAUUAUUAAGGUGUACAAUACUUAAAUUCCAUAAUCAACCUAUAUUAUUAAAAUAAGUAUUUGAUAACUUAAACUACGUAACUAAGUAUUUUUUUUCUUAACUUAAACAUACUCAGUGUUAUAGUGAAAUUAAAGAAGCUCGCAAUAGUAGUUGUCCAGUUUGUCAAGAAUGGUUCAAUACUUUAGCUAGGCCAUUACCAUUUGCACAUUGUAGUCAAUCUCGACUGUUUUGUUCAAUUUCAGGACUUGCAUUGAACGAACAUAACAUACCUAUGGUUUUACCUAAUGGAUACGUUUAUGGAGAACAGGUUUACAUUAAUUCAUAACUUCAUACAAAUGAUUAAUAAAUAAUAUGUGAUACUUAUUUUUUAUUUAAAGGCUUUAGUAGAAAUGGCUAAUCAAAAUAAUGGACAAAUUAUAUGUCCAAAAACUAAGGAUUUAUUUUGGUUGAAACAAGCAGAAAAAGUUUAUGUAAUGUAA